UCAGCACUGCCCCCCAGCCCCUCGGCCCCUCGGGCCCCUCAGCCCCUCAGCCCUCAGCCCUAAGCCCCUCCACCUUUGCCCUUCACCAUGGCCCCAACUUCAGGGCCCCGGCUGCUGCUGCUGCUGCUGCUGUCCAGCUCCCCCCUGGCUCUGGGGAGCCCCAUGUACUCCAUCAUCACCCCCAACGUCCUGCGGUUGGAGAACGAAGAGACCAUCGUGCUGGAGGCCCACGAGGCACAGGGCGACAUCCCAGUCACGGUCUCCGUGCAUAACUUCCCAAAGAAGCAGGUGCUGACCAGUGAGAAGACGGUGCUCACAGGUGCCGGAGGACACCUGAGCACGCUCACCGUCAAGAUUCCGGCCACUGACGAGUUCAAGUCAAAUAAGGCGAACAACUUCGUGACGGUUGUGGCAAACUUUGGGGCAACGGUAGUGGAGAAAGUGGUGCUGGUGAGCUUCCAGAGCGGGUACCUCAUCAUCCAGACGGACAAGACCAUCUAUACCCCGGGCUCCACGGUGCGCUAUCGGAUCUUCACCGUGGACAACAAGCUCCUGCCCGUGGGCCGCACAGUCGUCAUCACCAUUGAGACUCCCGAUGGCGUGCCCAUCAAGAGAGACACUCUGUCUUCCAACAACCAGUACGGCAUCUUGCCUUUGUCUUGGAACAUUCCAGAACUGGUCAACAUGGGGCAGUGGAAGAUCCGAGCCUUCUACGAACACUCGCCGAAGCAGGUUUUCUCUGCAGAGUUUGAGGUGAAGGAGUACGUGCUUCCCAGUUUCGAGGUCCAGGUGGUGCCCUCAGAGAACUUUUAUUACAUCGAUGACCCAGCCGGCCUGGAGGUUACCAUCAAGGCUAGGUUCCUGUAUGGGAAGAACGUGGACGGGACGGCCUUCGUGAUCUUUGGGGUCCAGGAUGAAGAUAAGAAGAUUUCUCUGGCGCACUCCCUCAAGCGUGUGGUGAUCGAGGACGGUUCGGGGGAUACAACGCUGAGCCGGCAGGUGCUGCUGGAUGGGAUGCGCCCCUCCAACGCUGAUGCCCUGGUGGGGAAGACCCUGUAUGUCUCUGCCACCGUCAUCCUGCAAUCAGGCAGUGACAUGGUAGAGGCAGAGCGCAGUGGGAUCCCAAUUGUAACCUCCCCAUACAAGAUCCACUUCACCAAGACGCCCAGAUUCUUCAAGCCAGGCAUGCCCUUCGACCUCAUGGUGUUCGUGACCAACCCCGACGGCUCACCAGCCAGCCGAGUGCCAGUGGUCACUCAGGGGUCUGACGCGCAGGCUCUCACCCAAGAAGAUGGUGUGGCCAAGCUGAGCAUCAACACGCCCAACAGCCGCCAACCCCUGACCAUCACGGUACGCACCAAGAAGGAGGGUAUCCUGAAUGCGCGGCAGGCCACCAACACCAUGCAGGCACAGCCCUAUAGCACCAUGCACAACUCCAACAACUACCUACACCUGUCAGUGACACGCGUGGAGCUCAAGCCAGGGGACAACCUCAACGUGAACUUCCACCUGCGGACAGACGCAGGCCAGGAGGCUAAGAUCCGCUACUACACCUACCUGGUCAUGAGCAAGGGGAAGCUACUGAAGGCAGGCCGCCAGGUGCGGGAGCCUGGCCAGGACCUGGUGGUCUUGUCCCUGCCCAUCACUACGGAUUUCAUUCCUUCCUUCCGCGUGGUGGCUUACUACACCCUGACUGGAGCCAGUGGCAAGAGGGAGGUGGUGGCCGACUCUGUGUGGGUGGAUGUGCAGGAUUCCUGUGUAGGCACGCUGGUGGUGAAGGGUGACCCGAAAGAUAACCGACAACCUGAACCCGGGCACCAGACGACACUGAGGAUCGAGGGGAACAAGGGGGCCCGAGUCGGGCUGGUGGCGGUGGACAAGGGCGUGUUCGUGCUGAACAAGAAGAACAAACUCACCCAGAGCAAGAUCUGGGACAUGGUGGAAAAGGCAGACAUCGGCUGUACACCAGGCAGUGGGAGAGACUACGCUGGUGUCUUCACAGACGCGGGCCUGGACUUUAAGACAAGCCAAGGCCUGCAGACUGCCCAGAGGACAGAUCUCGAGUGUACCAAGCCUGCUGCCCGCCGCCGCCGCUCAGUGCAGCUGAUGGAAAGAAAGAUGGACAAAGCCAGCCAGUACACUGACAAGGCUCUGCGGAAGUGCUGUGAGGACGGCAUGCGCGAUAUCCCCAUGAGGUUCACCUGCCAGCGCCGGUCACGCCUCAUCUCCCAGGGAGAGAGCUGCAGGAAGGCCUUCCUAGACUGCUGUAGCUACAUCACCAAGCUCCGGGAGCAGCACCGCAGAGAACACGUGCUGGGCCUGGCCAGGAGUGACAUGGAUGAAGACAUAAUUCCAGAAGAAGAUAUCAUCUCUAGAAGCCACUUUCCAGAGAGCUGGUUGUGGACCAUAGAGGAGUUGAAAGAACCAGAGAAAAAUGGAAUCUCUACAAAGGUCAUGAACAUCUUUCUCAAAGACUCCAUCACCACCUGGGAGAUUCUGGCAGUGAGCAUGUCGGACAAGAAAGGGAUCUGCGUGGCAGACCCCUACGAGAUCACCGUGGUGCAGGACUUCUUCAUUGACCUGCGGGUGCCGUACUCUGUGGUGCGCAACGAGCAGGUGGAGAUCAGAGCUGUGCUCUUCAACUACCGUGAGCAGGAGACACUCAAGGUGAGGGUGGAACUGUUGCACAACCCAGCCUUCUGCAGCAUGGCCACCGCCAAGAAGAACUAUCAGCAGACCAUCUGGAUCCCUCCCAAGUCUUCUGUGGCUGUGCCUUAUGUCAUCGUGCCCUUGAAGAUCGGCCUCCAGGAGGUGGAGGUCAAGGCUGCCGUCUUCAAGCACUUCAUCAGCGAUGGUGUCAAGAAGACACUGAAGGUCGUGCCGGAAGGAAUCAGAGUCAACAAAACCGUGAUUACCAGUACGCUGGAUCCGGUGCACCUCGGCAAAGGGGGAGUGCAGAGGGUGGACGUGCCAGCUGCAGACCUCAGCGACCAAGUGCCAGACACGGACUCUGAGACCAAGAUUCUCCUGCAAGGAAACCCGGUGGCUCAGAUGGUGGAGGACGCCGUGGACGGCGAGCGGCUGAAACACCUGAUCGUGACCCCCGCGGGCUGCGGGGAGCAGAACAUGAUUGGCAUGACCCCCACCGUCAUCGCGGUGCACUACCUAGACCAGACCGAACAGUGGGAGAAGUUCGGCCUGGAGAAGAGGCAAGAGGCCCUGGAGCUCAUCAAGAAAGGGUACACCCAGCAGCUGGCCUUCAAACAGCCCAGCUUUGCCUACGCUGCCUUCAAGAACCGGGCCCCCAGCACCUGGCUGACAGCCUACGUGGUCAAGGUCUUCUCUCUGGCCGCCAAUCUCAUCGCCAUUGACUCUCAAGUCCUGUGUGGGGCUGUCAAAUGGCUGAUCCUGGAGAAACAGAAGCCAGACGGUGUCUUUCAGGAGGACGGACCCGUGAUUCACCAAGAAAUGAUUGGAGGCAUCCGGAACACCAAGGAGGCUGACGUGUCCCUCACAGCCUUCGUCCUCAUCGCACUGCAGGAAGCCAGAGAAAUCUGUGAAGGGCAGGUCAACAGCCUUCCUGGGAGCAUUAAUAAGGCAGGGGACUAUAUCGAAGCCAGUUUCAUGAACCUGAAUCGACCGUACACGGUGGCCAUUGCUGGGUACGCUCUGGCCUUGUUGGGCAAGCUGGAUGAACCUCAGGUCAGCAAGUUUCUGAACACAGCCAAAGAUCGGAACCGCUGGGAGGAGCCUGGCCAGAAGCUGUACAAUGUGGAGGCCACAUCCUACGCCCUCCUGGCCCUGCUGCUGUUGAAAGACUUUGACUCUGUGCCUCCCGUGGUGCGCUGGCUCAACGAGCAGAGAUACUAUGGCGGUGGCUACGGCUCCACCCAGGCCACCUUCAUGGUAUUCCAAGCCUUGGCUCAAUACCAAACAGACGUCCCCGACCACAAGGAGCUGAACAUGGAUGUGUCCUUCCACCUCCCCAGCCGCAGCGCCCCAACUGUGUUCCGCCUGAACUGGGAAACUGCCAGCCUCCUGCGGUCGGAAGAGACCAAGCAAAAUGAGGGCUUCUCCCUAACAGCCAGAGGAAAAGGUCAAGGCACGUUGUCGGUGGUAACAUUGUAUCAUGCCAAAGUCAAAGGCAAAGUCACCUGCAAGAAGUUUGACCUCAGGGUCACCAUAGGACCAGCCCCUGAGACAGCCAAGAAGCCCCAAGAUGCCAAAAGUAGUAUGAUCCUUGACAUCUGUACCAGGUACCUUGGAGAUGUGGAUGCCACCAUGUCCAUCCUGGACAUCUCCAUGAUGACUGGCUUUGCUCCAGACACAAGUGACCUGGAAUUGCUGAGCACGGGAGUGGACAGAUACAUCUCCAAGUAUGAGAUGAACAAAGACUCCUCCAACAGAAACACCCUCAUCAUCUACCUGGACAAGAUCUCACACUCUGAAGAAGACUGUCUGACCUUCAAAGUUCACCAGUUCUUUACCGUUGGACUUAUCCAGCCCGGGUCCGUCAAGGUCUACUCCUAUUACAACCUGGAGGAAUCGUGUACCCGGUUCUAUCACCCGGACAAGGAUGACGGGAUGCUGAGCAAGCUGUGCCACAACGAGAUGUGCCGCUGCGCUGAGGAGAACUGCUUCAUGCAACAGUCAAGGGAGGAGGUCGGCCUGAAUGACCGGCUGGACAAGGCCUGUGAGCCCGGAGUGGACUACGUGUACAAGACCAAGCUCGUUGGGACAGAGCUGUCGGAUGAUUUUGACGAGUACAUCAUGGCCAUCGAGCAGGUCAUCAAGUCAGGCUCGGACGAGGUGCAGGUAGGGCAGCAGCGCCGGUUCAUCAGCCACAUCAAGUGCAGGAACGCCCUGAAGCUGGAGAAAGGGAAGAAGUACCUCAUGUGGGGACUCACCUCCGACCUCUGGGGAGAAAAGCCCAACGUCAGCUACAUCAUUGGGAAGGACACGUGGGUGGAGCUCUGGCCCGAGGCCGAAGAAUGCCAGGAGAUGGAGAACCGGAAACAGUGCGAGGACCUCGGGUCAUUCGCAGAAUCCAUGGUGGUUUUUGGCUGCCCCAACUGACCAAAGCCCAGCCCUCCAAUAAAGCUUCAGUUGUAUUUCA